AUGUGCAAUCAAAGUCAUCAUCAGCAUAUGAAUAAUAAUAAUAAUAAUAAUAAUAAUAAUAAUAAUAAUAAUAAUAAUAAUAAUAAUAAUAAUAAUAAUAAUUUAGCAGUUAUUAUUUUCUGUAUGGGUACCUCCAUUCUUUUUCCACUUUCAUCCCUUCCAACGAACUGUAGACCGGCACCUUCCAGUUUGCCAAUUACAUCCGGAUUCACCUAA